UUUACUUCCGUGUUCAGCUCAGAGCGGUUUAAAAUAAAAACACUAUCAAAAUGUCGCAAGCAGAUCUGGACAAAAGCAUUGAGAUAAUAACCAAGACCGAGGAGUUGGCCGACAAAAUAAUGGCCAACAAGCAGGAACUGACGGUAAUGGAUAAACGACGCCAGGAAACCCGGGAAGCAAUGCGCCUGAUGGAGAAGUCUGAGGACAAGAAGGUUUGGAUCACAAUUGGCAGCAUGCUUGUCAAAAUGCAGAAGGAGAAGGCUUUGGAUCUGCUUAAGAAAGAUCAACAGCAAAUUGAGCAGCAAAUCAACCUGAUUUACUCGGACCAGAAAGUGCUGGUCAACAAACAUCGCGAUUUGGAAUUCAAAUCGCCCUUCUCGGGCACUAAUCUCAAGCCCCUGGGAAAGAAGGAGUUCGAUGCUCUGAAAGCUAAUCUACCAUUGCUGUGAAAAUCGUUAUUUAAGUAAAGUCCUGUAUUUUUAAA